AUGAAUUCGAAUGUAACAUUAUGUGUUGGUGAAUUAUUUCAAUCAAUUAAUAAUUUCGAAUGCAAUCUAUCUCGUAUAAUUGGAUUAAUUAUAAUAUUUAUAUCUUUAUUUUCAAUUUUAUUUAAUAUUCGUUUUCUUUUUUGGUCAUAUUAUCAUCGACAAACUCGUUCACAUCAUUAUUUAUUAAUAUUAUCAAUGAUAUUUUCAUCAAUAUUAGUUAUAAUUGUAAUAAUACCAGCAGUUAUUUUACAAAAUUUUACAUGUACUCGUUUAUGUUCAUUAUUUUAUUGUCAAUUAGAAGGUUUUAUAUCUUAUUUAAAUGGAUGUGUUCAUAUGUUUAUGUUAAUGAUGAUUUCAAUAAUUCGUUAUGGUACAGUUCUUCCUACAAAUACAACAAAAAAAUAUUUUCAACAACAUUCAUAUAUAUCCGUUAUUAUUUGUUGGUUAUUUGCUCUUAUUUUUGCUGUACCACCAUUAUUUAAAUGGAAUAAAUAUACACCUGAAGGACUUGGUUUUCAUUGUGGAUUAAAUUGGUUUGAUCGUUCAUUUAAUUCUCGUUUAUAUUUAAUAUUAGCAUUUUCAUUUGUUUAUUUUAUUCCAUUUAUUGUUUUAUCUAUUGUUAAUAUGUAUGUUUAUUGUGUUAUUCGUCAACUUCUUCGUAGAGCAUUAAAAAUGAAUGAACAAUCAUUAAUUCAAUUAUCAAGAACAAAUAAUGUAUUGGUAAAAAAACGUUCAUUAACACGAUUUAUAUCAUCAAGUGAUAGUAGUUCUUCACAUACAAAUAAAUUUGAAACAGUAAAAUUAUCUAAGUUAAUAACUGUUGGUAAUCAUGUAAGAUUUUCUCCUACGGUAGAUCCUGUUCAAAUCCGUUAUGCCAUACAUUUACGUCGACUAAAAGCUGAUCGACAUUUUGCUUUAGCUACCAUAUUUUUAGUCAGUGAAUAUUUACUUAGUUGGACACCAUAUGCAUGUGUUGCUUUAUUUUAUUUAUUUCAUGUAAAUUUUAUAACUGAUCAAUCAUAUUUAAUAACAAUAAGUGCAUUUAUUGCAAAAACAUCUAUGAUUAUCAAUCCAUUUAUUUAUAUUUCAACAAUAAAAACAAAUCAACUUAAAAUAAUUUUAUGUUGGAAAAAAUGUUCAUGUCAUUAUUGUAGAGCAUAUAAAAGUUAA